UUAAGAUCAUAAAUGAGCAUGACAGGGAAUAAUACAGGUAUAUUGAAACGGAAUGAACGAAGAAGACAGCUUUACACAUAUUUAACGUACGUACAGACUGCGUAGUACAACAUAGAAGACAGGACAUACAUAAGGCCAAUUAAUAUCAGAUGUGUCAACAGGAUCUAGUUAAAGCUCGUAACCUGGAACAGCAAGUGCAGCUCUUACAAUACUCCACUGCUAGGACUGGCUAGUAAAACUUGGUUUUUCCUGCAGCGAGAGUUUUCAUUCUCCAAUAGAAAUUUAGAGCAGUACCGGCUGGUUUCUUGUACUCUUCUCUCUAACUUUCCACUUUUUCAGAAAUGAGCCAUGUCACGGUGAAGCUACUAACUCCUCCAGAACAAUUUGGCAUUGUGGAGCCGGGCAUUUAUCGCUCAGACAUGCUACAGCCGCUACAUUUUCCCUUCAUCAAACAAAUCAAUUUCAAGACCGUUGUCAUGCUCAGUCCCGAAAUUCCAAACCGGGUUACGUCUAAUUUAAUGGAGGAAGGUGGCAUGAAGCUUGUUCACUUGGGCAUGGCAACGUGGAAACCAACACAACCAUCGACGUGGCGACCUGUGUCCGAGGAGUUGAUCAAAGAGGGCCUUGAAUUAAUCCUUAAUAGUGAUAGCCACCCUGUCUUGAUCAUGUGCACAUCAGGUAUCCAUGAAACCGGCACGCUUGUCGGUUGUCUGCGCAAGUUGGAAGGGUGGAACUUUAGCUCAAUCAUCACUGAGUAUCGAGCUUAUGCUGGCACCAAAGCACGAUAUGUCAACGAGCAGUUUAUAGAAUUGUUUGAUCUCGAUCUCGUAACUUUACCUGCGAAUCUUCCGAGUUGGCUGAUAGAUCAACAGGAGAUGCUUGCUGAAGAACAGGAAGAGCAAGAAGCUAAGCUUCUAACUAUGCACUAGACUUGUCACGAGAUCAUCAAAAUUAUGUACAUACUAAUCUUUCCACGCACCUGUAUUAUAUAUCCUCAAUCACUUCAAGCCUAUAAACAUAUUAUGAUACUGUUAAAGUUGCAUUACAAAUAAUAAAACUUCGGCGGCCUGUGUUUUACCUCG